UGACUAACUGCAAAAUUAUUGAUAUACGCUUGCAGAUCGGUUUAGUAGAUCUCCUUACAUCCUUAAAAAUUACUCCGGAUUAUAUGAUUAGUCAUUCUGCUGGUGAACUGGGUUGCGCGUACGCGGAUAAAUGUCUCACCAUUGAACAAACUAUUUUAUCAGCGUACUUUAUUGGUUUGGCGUGUGCCGAAGGAAAAUUAAUUCGUAGCUCUAUGGCAAUUGUCAAUUUUGAUUACGAGUGCCUUAAAAAUAUAUGUCCAAUAGAUAUUGAAAUAGUAUGCCGCAAUAGCAAAAGCAGCAGCGUUGUUAGUGGGCCUACAGAAUCUAUGCAAGAAUUUAUGAAAAAAUUACAGGUUAAUAAUAUUUGGGUGAAAGAGAUUCAUUGUAAUGUGCCGUAUCACAGUUCUUCUCUCGCAUCAGUGGAAUCUCAGCUUUUGUUUAAUUUGAACAAAAUAAUACCACGGCCAAAAAAGCGGAGUCCAAAGUGGAUCAGCACUUCUAUACCUCGUGCCGAAUGGCACACAUUAGCAUCAAAAUUAUCAUCCGCGGACUAUCAUACACGUAGUAUACUGAACACUGUUCUUUUUGAACAAGCAAAACGUUUAAUUCCAUGUAACGCUGUAACCAUCGAAAUCUCAUCAGACGACGAUCUGCAACAAGUUUUGAGAAAAUCCUUGCAUUCAAAAGGGACAAACAUUGUUCUAACUCGACACGCUGAACAAAACACUCAUAUAAUUUUACUAGAAAUUGGAAGGCUCUACAAUUGUGGCUUGCAGCCACAAGUUGCUGAUUUAUAUCCGAUAGUGAAAUUUCCAGUUAGUCGAGGAACUCCUAUGAUUUCUCCAUUGAUAAG